AAGGUCCAGCUCUCUAUCAUGUGGCAAAGGGGACGGAUAGAGAGCGAGAGAGAGGAGGCGGAAGAGAAUGGUCAACGCAGCGAUGAAGGUUCCCUUCUUCCUCCUUUUCCUCGUCUGCUCCUCCCACCUCGCCUCCUCCCAGCGCUACAAUGCCCUGUUCAACUUCGGGGACUCCCUCUCCGACACCGGCAACGUCGUCAUCGCUGGCCUCCCCUAUGGCAUGACCUACUUCGGCCACCACACUGGCCGCUGCUCCGACGGCCGCCUCGUCAUCGAUUUCAUUGCUGAGGGAAUCGGGCUGCCGCAUCUACCGCCCAAUACUGCCAAGAACGCAAGUUUCAACCAGGGCGCAAACUUCGCUUUCAUCGCCGCCCCGGCCCUUCCCUUCGACUUCUACCACAAGCGCGGCCUCAGCAAGGGGCUUUGGGUGAAUGCUUCGGUUCACGAGCAGGUGGAUCGGUUCGAGAAGUUGCUUCCUUCCAUAUGCGGCUCGCCCCAAGAUUGCAAGGAUUUCUUGAGCAAGUCUCUUCUGGUCGUCGGCGAGUUCGGGGGGAACGACUACAACACCGGGAUCUUCGGCGGGUGGGCGAUAACUAAAGUGAGUUCCUUCACGCCCUAUGUCACCAAAGCUGUCGCAGAGGGCAUCGAGAGAUUGAUCGGCCUCGGCGCAGUCGAUAUCAUCGUUCCUUCUGUGCUACCGGUGGGUUGCUUCCCUCUCUACCUCACUCUCUACAAGGCCAAAGACCCGACGGAGUAUGGCCACAGGACCGGAUGUCUGAGGAAGUUCAACUCUCUGUCCUGGUACCACAACGCAGUGCUCCGGCGGCAUCUCGACCGGCUCCGGAAGAAGUACCCGUCCGUCUCGAUUCGAUACGCCGACUUCUACGCCCAACUCUUCGACUUCGCGAUAGAUCCUCUCAAAUACGGUUUUAAAGCUGGAGCCUUGAAGACAUGCUGCGGAGCUCCCGGGAUGGGUAACUACAACUUCAAUCUGCACGCCAAGUGCGACCAAAAUGGUUCGAGUGUGUGCGCCGACGUAUCGGCUCAUGUGAGCUGGGAUGGGAUUCACAUGACUGAGGCCGCUCACCGGAUCAUCGCCCAGGGUUGGCUCAACGGCCCCUACGUCAACCCUCCAAUUUUGAGCUCCUCCAGUUAAACCAAUACUAGGCAAAUCUAUCAAAUGAACACAAGCGCUAAGAGAUUACUGGUUCAAGCUUCAUGAGCAAAAUUUAUCCAGCUCAAUUGAUUCUUUACUGUGUUAAACCUCCGAGUUGUACGAUUGAUGACCGCAUAUGCUUGUGUGACAAUUAUUGAUGAUGAUCAGAAAGCAAAUUGAAAUUCCAUUAUUAAUUGCUUCAA